UAUUUGAUUGUGUUUGUGUUUGUAGUUGUUAUCAGCAAAGGCGAAGAAAACUGAGAAGCUGCGAAAGAGUUUUGAUCUUGGUGAUUCGCUUGUUUAAUUAAUAAUUUUGCCAUUACAGAUGUUGUACCGUGUUGAAUAAUAUUGAAAAAAGAUGUUUCCUGUAAAAUGAUGUCUAAGAAAAAAAAGAAGUCGUCGAAAAAAGAAAAACACAUUAAUUUUGAACCUAGUUCCGCAUCCUUAGAUUCUCAUUACAGCACUAGAGAUAGUAGCAUCUCAUCUGAAAUCAUGAAUCAAAGGUUUUCUGGACAGUUAUCAAAAUAUACGAAUGUUGUUAAAGGAUGGCAGUAUCGAUGGUUUUCACUAGAUCCAAAUACCGGAAUGUUGCAUUAUUAUCUGUCCGAAAGUGAAAGUUCUGGUAAUCCUAGAGCUGGUGUCCAUUUACAAGGAGCUUUGAUUUGCCCGAGUGAUGAAGAUUCACACACAUUCACUGUAAAUUCUUCCUCUGGCGAGGUAUACAAGCUGAGAGCUACAGAUGCUCGUGCUAGACAAGAAUGGGUGAACAGACUAAGAUCCGUCGCCGAACAUCACUCAUUUAAUUUGACCAAAUAUAUUGCUCCUCAAGAUUGCGUAGAAAUUUCAUUACAUUCUGGUGUAUUUGUGCACGGUAGUCACAUACAUUCUCCCGCCACAACGGAGUCAUUUUCUUCAGCCAAAGAACAUCUUGCUGAAGCCGAACAAAAAUAUGUCAAAAUGUGUAAAGCCAUCGAAGUUCUCCCUUCUCAAGGUUCCCUUACUUGCAUCGAUCCGCAUUUGUUGGUAUUAAAAUCGUAUUCUCAAUCAUUAAUUACUUCGUUGAGAGAUUGCGUAGAUAUCUUGCAACGUACAUUUGCUGCAGAUUGUGGAUUUCGCUCGGUGUCCGGUACAUCAGAUGUGAAACAAGCCACUGGUGCAACGUUUGUUUCUCACAUAAAGAAAAAAUAAUGGGAAGUACAAUUUUCGUCAUGCUUCCAGAAUUUCUUCAUUUGCUAUAUUAUUAUUUAUAUGAACGUAACGAAGUAUUAACCGUUACAGAAUUAUUUUUUAUGCGCAUGUUAUGUUACCCUACGGUCUAUCUGUAAUCAUGUUAUUCAUAUUUGGUUUUUGUGUUAGGUGCAAUUAUUUGAAAACAUUAUGUUUCCAUCGACGAUAGCCCGUUAUUAUUGUUGAAGUAUUAAAUAAUAAAUUUCUAAACUAAUU